UCUCUCUCUCUAUAUAUAUAUAUAUAUAUACACACACACAUAUUUGUGUGUGUGUAUGUAUGAUUAGUUAUUUUCCUGUUAAAUUCCUCUUUUUUUUUGCUAAGAGAAGAGAAUGCUUUAAUCUUAUUCUAAUGUUGAUCGAGAUUCUCCAUCGUGAAUUACGAAAGCGACUUAAUCUUAUUGAAAUAAUGGAAAUUACGAGUAUAUGUUUAUAUUUUUUUUUUUUUGAGAAGAAUAUAUGUUUACAUUAAGUAGCGUUGUAUGCUAAAAUUAAUUUGUAAAGAUGAUCGAUGUGAAAGACGUAUUUCCGUUCUGCUAUUCAACUCAGCGGCAUCUCGGUUUAUAAUCACCAAAAGCUCCUUUAUUUUUAUACCGCUUAAAGCAAGAUCAACGUGUCAAAUUCUGGUUUGAUGGACUGCUGUAUAGUUUCCAUUUUUGUUGUUUCUCUGAUUCUCUCUAUGCACCAACUCCGAAAGCGCCUGCUGUUUUAAACUAGAAUAGGAGCUCUCUCUCUCACACACACACAAACACACAUGGCAAAUGACAAGAAUGUACUAGUUUGGUUGUUCAUGCUAUAAUGGCUUUCCAUUCCAUGGGGACUUUCAAACCCUUUCUAAAUUAAAAUUCUUAUUUACAAGCCAUUUCAGACUAAGUAAAUCAUACUAUAAGAUAAUUUGCGUUUAAUCUUUAACUUGAUUGAGGCCAAUGCAAGUUGGUGGAUGAGAAUGUUUGGAAUUUUUUAUCCGUAAUAUUUUCCUAGUUUGCAUGUUUUGAAUGAUGGCAAGCAUUGAUUAAAUGCAUGAUUUCAAAAUCGUGGCCUGUGGGUGGUUUGAUAAGGUGCAAAGACAAAAUGAUAGUACUAGUUUCGAUAGAUAAUAGACAUUUGUGAUGUAUUGGCCGAGUUCAGCCUCUCCCAUCCUGCAGAAUGAGUAAGAUAGGGAUCUUGGAUAUGGAUCUUUCUUGUAUAUUUUUAAUGUUCCAUAAUCUACUAUUGAAGAGGAUUGGAUGCUUCGUUUCGUUCUCAAUUGAAAGAAAAAUAGUUUUGAGGAAGACAUCAAUGGAAACUUCAAAUGUCAUCUUUCAUCAUUGGGUAAUGACAAUGAUUCAUUCAAAUUUCUUGGCUGUAUUCCGACAAAAUGUCUACAUGUGAGAUCACUUUUCAGAAGGUUGAUACCGGAACCAUGUGUGGUGUUAUUGAUAAUGACGAAUGUUAUUGUCCUUGUAUUAUGGAGAGUUGCACCCCAAAACUUUAUGGUGCUAAAUUUUAUGAUGUCUGUACAACACAUCAAAUGUGGCCUGCUCUACACAAUGAUAACCAGUGCGUUCAGUCAUAUAAUUGUGGGGCACCUUAUUUCAAAUAUGCUCAUACUCUCCAUCUUCGGAACACGUCACGAAAGUUUGGACCUAAAUAUUUGCUAAAGUUGUAUCUAGGUGGUGCAAUUGGUGGCUCGAUGGGUUUUUUGGUAUAUCAGGCUUUCAUAGCUCCGUUGGUUGAGGUUAAACAGGCAGAAAUUAGGCAUUCGGAUCUUCAAGGACUGGGUGCAAGUGCUGCUGUGGGUGCGAUAAUGGUGCACGAUAUAUUACUACUUCCACCAGUUGGUGCUUUAUUAGGGGGUGUGUUUUUAAUCGGCAUGGAGAUGUUGUCGAGGUGGACUCUGUUGAUCAAGAUCUACGGAAUGCCCCCGAACAUGAGGUUGGAGUGGGAGUGGGAGAAGAAAGAGAAUGCCGGAGCCCGAGCUCAUUUAGGUGGAGCGGCGGCUGGUGGCUUAGCGUGGUUGUGGAAAAGGAAGGGACGCUUCGGACGAUUCUGAGUUUAUCUUUGCAGUUCCAAACACUUUGCUCCAAAAAAGAGAAAAUUAGAAACAAGAGAAGAUUUAUUCGAAUAACAACAUAUGCCGCGUUUAUUUUUAUUUGGAAGGCCUCCAAAGUUUUAUGUUAUGUGUCGCGUUCUUGGUGUGUGACAUGGAUAAAAUAUAUGCUUUAAGAUUGUAACUACAUGCUUCCUCCGUCUCUCACGAAUAUUAAAUAAAAAAAAGUAUAGUUAGUUUAUAAAA